AUUCUGAGUACAGAGCGGUCACUGUGAGACGGGGUUUGCCCUACAUGUCGUUCAGAUAUGUUCCUCAGUCCAUCUGUCUGCUCCAUAUGAGGCCUGUGUUGUGAAUCAGCCAGAAUGUAAAAUGGCGACUGCGGAGCCGGAAAUCAUCUCGGAUCCAUCUAAGAGUGAAGAGGAGAACUGUGAGGAGACCAGCCAGGAGAUUGUCAGCCCUGAGUGCUAUAUUAAACAUCCUCUCCAAAACAGAUGGUCUUUAUGGUUCUUCAAAAAUGACAAGAGCAAAACAUGGCAAGCAAACCUGCGGCUGAUUUCCAAGUUUGACACCGUAGAGGAUUUUUGGGCGCUUUAUAACCACAUUCAGCUGUCCAGUAAUUUGAUGUCAGGUUGUGACUACUCAUUGUUCAAGGAUGGUAUUGAGCCUAUGUGGGAGGACGAGAGGAAUAAGAAAGGAGGCCGCUGGCUAAUCACCCUCAACAAGCAGCAGAGGAAACUUGACCUGGACCGCUUUUGGCUGGAAACGCUGCUUUGCCUCAUAGGAGAGGCUUUUGAUGACUACAGUGAUGAUGUAUGCGGUGCUGUGGUCAAUAUCCGAACAAAAGGAGACAAAAUAGCUGUCUGGACAACCGACUAUGAGAACAGAGAAGCUAUAACACACAUUGGGAGGGUGUAUAAGGAGCGGUUAGGCAUCCCUAUGAAAAUGACCAUUGGCUAUCAGUCUCAUGCUGACACAGCCACUAAGAGUGGCUCAACUACCAAGAACAAGUUUGUGGUCUGACAUCCUGAGUCUGAUUGUUGUGUCUCUCUCUCUCUCUCUCUCUCUCUCUCUCUCUCUCUCUCUCUCUCUCUCUCUCUCUCUCUCUCUCUCUCUCUCUCUCUCUCUCUCUCUCUCUCUCCAUCUCUCUCUCCCUCUUCAUGUCUAACUGUCUAUCUCUUGUGCUCUUUCUCACUGUCAGAUUCUUUUUGACUCUGUUAUUGGGUUUGUGUAUCAAAUCCUACCCUGAACCAAAGCUACACAUUAACAGAGUUGGGCUCAAAAUAUUAUGAACAACUAUUACUUGUUCAGAACCCCAGUAGGAAUCCCUUCACGCAUAAGGCCACAGAAACCUAGAAGGAAUUCUGCUCUUGAAGUAUUUCCAUGGGAACCACCUCAGCGCCUGAUACACUACGAAUAUUAACCCAAGCAAAGCAACAAACAUUCAAUGUAAUGUCAUAGGAUGAAACGUUCAAACAUAAUGACGUUCAAAGUUAAUUACAUAUUCAUAAAAAUGACUCAAACCCACUCACAUGUGCAUUGUUAAACAGGACUUUCAGAUUGUAAGAUAUUUGAUGUGUUAUUUUUAAAACAAAACUGUGUUGAAUUAUUUAACGGCUGAGGAACGGAAAUGCCUGCGUGCUCUUAUUCAGCAGCCUUGCUGCAGUAGUGCCUAAUGAACAUAAACAUUUUUAAUUUAUUCAGAUUUAUCUUAACAUUUCAUUUAAGUGGUUUAAGGCCACUAAAUUGCAUGUAAUCAAGCAAAUCUUCAUAAAGCUGCCUUAUUUCUUUCAGUGUUUAACAUUAAAUUUGGGGUUUUGCAAUUCAGUAUGUGUUUUUUUAUAUUUUGAGUUUUUUGAUGCAAUUGUGUUUUACAUUCCUUAUCAGAAUGGAAAAGUAUGGGACUGUAAUCAUACUGUAAUGGACAAGUUGUUCUUUGUCUCAAUGUAAUUGGCUUCGAUUUGAUUCUACCUAGGCACAGCAGUAUCACUAGUUCCUUAAAUAAACUAGUUUUAUGUGAA